CAAGUGCGCGCUGCAAUUGGCCAGAAGUCCCUUCAGGGUGGGGUCAAGAGACUUACCUCAGCGGGUCCGCGCGGGAGAUUCUUUGUGUUCGGCGGUUGCAGCUCGCGGAAGUUGUGGGGCAGCAGUGGCCGGCGCGGCACCGCUCUAGGUACGUUGGGGCCUGGGGGAGAGCCCCGCGUGAGCGGCGGUUGGCCGGGACGGCGGUUUCUGGGGCGCCAGGGGCCUCUCUGAGGGCCGGGCCGCCAGAAGCCCCGAACGCCGCUCGAGCCGUGCGGUUGCGGCGGGGCUGACUCUAAGGCGUCCGCGGAGUCGCUGGGGCUCCGACCCGACCGCGAAGACGCCUGUGAAGGGCGAAAGGACCCGUGUCCACCCGCUUCCCGAGCGCACCGCGGGUGGAGCCGGAGUGGUGGGUGUCGCUGCGUCCGGGUCGGGGCCGCGGAGGGACCUGGCCUCAGGUUUGGUAGUCGCCGAGUAAGUAUGAGUGUGGGGCGCGACCGGACUACUUUAACAAACUGAGGGAUGAAAUGUAGUCCCCAGCCCAGGUUUGGGGAUUCCGUUGCCAAAUUUCCAGGUAUUGUCUUAGUCCUGACUCAUAAUUUAUCUGAAGAAAUCAGGUGCCAAAAUAGUUAAUUGGUCAUCACCAGGCGACCGAGAGGCUUUCCUUCCAGUAUGUUGUUAUGAAGAAGGCACUAAAACGUCAGGAAAAGAAAUUGAGUAUUAUGCCCACACGAAAGAACCUGGAGCACAAACGUGUAGUGUAUACCUGUGGAGCUCACCAGUGUAGGGAUGCUGUGAUUGAAGGAUGAAAGCCGUGUACAGGCGGGCAUGCUGCUUUAACACAGUUUAUUUUUUUACAAGUUAAAAAAAAUUGACAUUUCCUGCUUAUCACUCCCCCCCCCCAUCUAAUUUCUCCAAUUUUGGCAAAGUUCAAGAAUGUGUCCUGUCCAGGGGAAGCAAUUAUUUUGCUUUGACUCUGACUGAAACCUUGCUGUGUACGGAAAACUGACUUACGCCUUUCGGUGUUACUAUGUUGAAGUUUCCCACAUUAUAAGCCGGCACGUGUGCUUGCUUUGUGACGAGCUAGUUCUUACUGCUCUAAAGACUCAUAGAUGGUCAAGACCUAGAAAAAAUUGAUUGUACUGAAUAAUUCAUUAGAAGUAAAGUUUUAAAAGCUAGAAGAAUUACGUGAAAUCCACUUAAACGGACUGUUAUACUAGAUAAGGAUUUAAUACUCUUCUCAUUGUGAUUUUGUCAUAUAUUGUAGCCAGUAAAUGACCUGCGACAUAACUAUUUGCAAAACAAAUGGGGAAGAACAUUCAAGAUAAAGAUAAUUUCUAUCACAGGGAGCCUAUUGAAAAUACAAAAAUGAAGCAUCUGACUGAAGGACCAGCUACACUGAAUUCAGCUCUUGUGAAGAUAUAAAAAAUGGCAAGUCCAGAUAGAAGUAAACGGAAGAUAUUAAAAGCCAAAAAAACAAUGCCUGCAAGUUGCCGGAAGCAAAUAGAGAUCUUGAAAAAGUCAAAGAAUGUUGUUGAAGCACCGAAAACAGCAGCUCCUGGGAAUAAUGUGUCAAGUGAUAAUCAGAAUUCAAGUACUGGUAUCAUUAGCAAAUGUAGACAUUUUGAAAAUGAUGCUUCUUCAGUGGAGUCUUCCAAAAAUUCAGUAUGUUCACCAAAAAGUAAAUUAUUUUCUCAGAAUUUAAUAAAACCACCAGAAAUUGUUGAUUCAGAACCAAGAUUGGAAUACACUGAAGAACAAGUUGGGUACCCUUAUGAAAAACCAAGUGAAACAGUACAGUCUCCCGGGAAACUCUUUACACAAGAGGCAGAAGAUUCACAAAACACUUCUGAAAACCAUUUUGAAUGUCAGGCAAAUAUAACAAGAUCCUGUUUUGAACAUGAAGAGAAUUGUGAUAUGAAAUCCAUUUGCUGUCAUCCAUCCAGGGAACUGACUGGUGUAGUUCAAAUGCCAAAGUCUUCAAUAACCAAUACCUUGGAUGUUAAGAGAAUUGAUAAGAUAGUUUCCUAUUUAGAAACAAACUUCAACUCUGAGUUACAUGAUAAAAGGCAAAAUGACAUUUUAAGUUCAGAUACCCCUUUUGUGCCUGUAGAUAAAAUACCUAAGUUGGUAAAUUCAGUCAUUUCCAGUAACUGUGCUGCUGACAUUUUGAAAAGUGAAGAAUCCUGUAGAACCUGUCAUUCCAGCAUUUUAAAUUGUCAAAGUACAGACACAACGUGGCUGCCCUCACUUGACACUGAUAGUAAUAACAGCCAUAAUCAGAAGAAGAGGAUGUUUUCAGAAAGCAAAGAAAAUGUUAAGCGUGUGAAAACUUCAGAGCAAAUUAAUGAAAAUAUUUGUGUAGCUCUGGAAAAGCAAACGGCAUUGCUGGAACAGGUCAAACAUUUGAUUCGACAGGAGAUCUGUAGUAUAAAUUACAAACUAUUCGAUAACAAACUGAAAGAAUUGACUGAACGUAUUGGGAAGACACAGUGCAGGAAUAAACAUGAAGCGAUAGCUGAUCAACUCUUCGCAAAAAUAGCAAAACUUCAAAGACGUAUUAAAUCGGUAUUGUUAUCUCAAAGGAAUUGUUUGGAACCAAACACGGUAUCCAGUAAUACAACCUGCAAGGUUGUAAAUUCAGAGACUAUGAAUUUGGAUAAGAAUACAGAGUCAGUUAAUAGUCCACAGGAAAGAAAAACUUCUGUGAACUCGGAACCUUCUAACCCUUCAGAAAAAGCAAGUGAAAAGGUUAAUGUGUCACGGGAUCAUAAUGAGGCUGUUUCUGAAAGUAACGAUGAUGAUGUUGUGUUGAUUUCUGUGGAAAGUCCUAAUUUGACAACUCCAGUUACAUCAAAUUCAGCAGAUACUGGAAAAAGUACAUUAGGAUGUUCUAACGAUUCCCCUGAUGCUGAAAGUGAAGCCAUGCUUUUUCAGGCUAUGGAGAAGAAACUUGAUUCUGUGAUUGACCUGACAAAAGAAGGCCUGUCAAACUGCAGCACAGAAACUCCAGUGUCCACCCUUGAGUCACCUACGAAAGCUGUUUCAGUCUCAAAAGAGGCAACCACAGUGGCACAAAAUGCAGCCCAGGUUCCUGAAUCCUUUGAGCACCUGCCACCUCUCCCAGAACCUCCACCACUACUGCCCGAACUCGUGGACAAAAUCCGAGACACGCUUCCUCCCCAGAAGCCUGAGCUGAAAGUAAAACGAGUGCUGAGACCCAGGGGCAUUGCCCUGACUUGGAACAUCACCAAAAUCAAUCCCAAGUGUGCCCCCGUGGAAAGCUACCACCUGUUCCUGUGCCAUGAGAACCCUAAUAAUAAGUUGAUUUGGAAGAAGAUUGGAGAAAUUAAAGCUUUACCACUCCCAAUGGCCUGCACUUUAUCUCAGUUUUUAGCUUCCAACAAAUACUAUUUUACUGUCCAGUCAAAAGACAUUUUUGGACGAUAUGGGCCAUUUUGUGAUAUAAAAUCUAUUCCUGGGUUUUCUGAAAGUCUUACCGAAGGAAAAAGUACUUGAUAAUUGUGUAUUGUACAUGUUUAUUUUUUUCUAUUUGAGUUGUUUGUUUACAGUGUUCUCUAACACUAUUUGAUGUCUUAAAGGCCAGUUCAGAUUGUGAACCCUUUGUAUAGGGACAGUCCUUUUCCCUACGUUGUAAGCGGCCUUCAUGAAUUUCUGAUUUGCACUCAGUAAGUACUGCCAAAGGCUAUGUUCUAAGACAUACACUAUCAUGGACUCAUGUCGCUAAGCUGCGUUAGAUACAGUACCUCUGGUGACUAGAGCUGCUGCUGCUGUCAGAAGCCCUGGGGUGCAGGCAGCCCCCAUUUCCUCUGUUGACAGUCAGCUUCGGGAGCCCUGCUUAUGGUCAGUAUUGGUGCAGGAAAAUUCAGUUCUUUACUGAGAUCAGAUCAUCCCUAGGGUGCAUCUCCACCACAAUUUUAUGAAAAUAGAUGUCUUCCCAUUCUCUUCAGAUUCUAAGGGCUAUGAAUUUGUGCCCCCUUUUUGUUUCGGGCUAUGUCAAUCAUUUGGGGAAAUAGUCUAGAGGUUUUUCCCUAAAUCAGUUUAUAUACUCAAACUGUGUGCUGUGCACACAAAAAAAUGCAGUAUCUCUUAUAAAUUAUCCAACCCACUAAUUCAGUUGAGAAAAAUGGACUUGUCUGCCUUAGAUGUAAGGCUUUAAUUUGCUGGUUCCCUAACGCAACCACCACCACCACCACCCCCCCUUUUUUUUUUUUUUUACUUAUUUCCUGGCUGCCAUCAUUACUCAGAGGAAGAACAUAACUCCCAUAGGUGUGUCCUCCAAACCUCUGUCUUCGGGCACACUGACUGAAACCGUGGCUCCGUAAGUCGCCCAAGAAACUUGACGGCCAGGCAGACUUGAUGAGUGUGGUUGGUCAGGACCCGAUGGGACAAAACUGUGGAUAAGUAAUACCAGGAUGCUGAGAAAACAGAAAAAUAACUGUUAGCGUGGAAGUGUGUUCAAGAGGCAUUCUUUCCUGGUAUAUAGACAAAGUUCAGGCUUCAGAGGCUCUGAGGUUUAGACAAUUGAACAGGGAAUGGUUUUCCUUGGCAUUUUGUGAAUGCCUUCACGCCUUCCAUCAUAAAUAAAGCUGUUAUUUUCCAGUC